CUGGGGAUAGCGAAGCAGCCCCCCGGGGGCAGCCCAGAGGCAGCUGUGCUGGGUACGGAAGUGCCCCGCUUCACUCUCUCCCGGCCCAAAAAUCAGAGACCGAGGGCGACUCCGGUGCAACGCGUGAAAAGCCCCCCCACCACGGGACGGAGCGGGGACUCCAGCUUCCUCCAUAAGAGGAGCUGCUCCCGCCAGCACCGGGAAGGAGCUACCCCUGCCCGCCGUCCGCCCCGCCGCGGCCCCGACUCCUCUCGCCGCUGCUCCCGGACCUGUCGCCCAGACCGGCCCCGCUACCUGCCCGGCCGCGAAGGAUGGAGGUCCUGCAGCUCCUGCGCCUGCUCCUCACCACUGCCAUGCUAGGCCUGUCCCAGACAGUGAACCCUUUCGUAGCCCAGCAGACACCACCAGACCCUUGCUACGAUGAGAGCGGUGCUCCUCGACGCUGCAUCCCUGAAUUUGUCAAUGCUGCCUUUGGGAAGGAGGUUCAAGCCUCCAGCACGUGCGGGAAGCCCCCAACACGGCAUUGCAAUGCCUCGGACCCCCGUCGAGCCCACCCGCCCACCUACCUGACUGACCUCAACACCGCCUCCAACAUGACCUGCUGGCGCUCAGAAACCCUCCACCACUCACCCCAGAACGUCACCCUCACCCUCUCCCUCGGAAAGAAGUUUGAGGUGGUCUAUGUCAGCCUCCAGUUCUGCUCGCCCCGGCCUGAGUCCACCGCCAUCCUCAAGUCCAUGGACUACGGCAAGACCUGGGUGCCCUACCAGUACUACUCCUCCCAGUGCCGUAAGAUCUACGGCAAGCCCAGCAAAGCCACGGUCACCAAGCAGAACGAGCAGGAGGCCCUGUGCACCGAUGGCCUCACCGACCUCUACCCGCUCACCGGGGGGCUCAUCGCCUUCAGCACCCUCGAUGGGCGACCCUCAGCCCAGGAUUUCGACAGCAGCCCUGUGCUCCAGGACUGGGUGACGGCCACCGACAUCCGCGUGGUCUUCAGCCGCCCGCAUCUCCUCCGUGACCUGGGCAGCCGGGACACUGGCGAGGAGGAGGGGGGCACGGGCUCCACCCCCUACUACUAUGCGGUGGGGGAGUUGCAGGUCGGCGGGCGCUGUAAGUGCAAUGGGCACGCGGCGCGCUGCGUUAAGGACAAGGAGCAGAAGUUGGUGUGUGACUGCAAGCACAACACAGAGGGACCCGAGUGCGACCGCUGCAAGCCCUUCCACUACGACCGGCCCUGGCAGCGAGCUAGUGCCCGUGAGGCCAACGAGUGUCUGGCCUGCAACUGCAACCUGCACGCGCGGCGCUGCCGCUUCAACAUGGAGCUGUUCAAGCUGUCGGGGCGCAAGAGCGGCGGCGUGUGCCUCAACUGCCGGCACAACACGGCGGGCAGGCACUGCCACUACUGCAAGGAGGGCUUCUACCGCGACCUCAGCAAGGCCAUCACCGACCGCAAAGCCUGCAAAGCUUGCGACUGCCACCCAGUUGGUGCGGCCGGCAAGACCUGCAACCAGACCACGGGGCAGUGCCCGUGCAAGGACGGCGUGACCGGCCUCACCUGCAACCGCUGUGCCAAGGGCUACCAGCAGAGCCGCUCGCCAGUGGCCCCCUGCAUCAAGAUUCCUGCCAUCAACCCCACCUCCCUGGUCACCAGCACAGAGGCACCUGCAGAUUGUGACUCCUACUGCAAACCAGCCAAGGGCAACUACAAGAUUAACAUGAAGAAGUACUGCAAGAAGGACUAUGUGGUCCAGGUGAACAUCCUUGAGAUGGAGACGGUGGCCAACUGGGCCAAGUUCACCAUCAACAUCCUCUCUGUCUACAAGUGCCGUGACGAGCGGGUCAAGCGCGGUGACAACUUUUUGUGGAUCCACCUGAAAGACCUGUCCUGCAAGUGCCCCAAGAUACAGAUCAGCAAGAAGUACUUGGUCAUGGGGGUCAGCGAAAACUCCACUGACCGGCCUGGACUGAUGGCUGACAAGAACAGUCUCGUCAUCCAGUGGCGGGACGCCUGGACCCGCCGCCUUCGGAAACUGCAGCGGCGGGAGAAGAAGGGCAAGUGUGUGAAGCCCUGAGGGGUUUGCACCCGCCCUGUCCUCCAUGCCCAGCCCCAGGCCAGCUGGGCACUGCCAGACUGCACCCACAGACUCUGUACAUAUAUAUAGUGUGAACGGACUCUUUGUCUAUAGUGUAUAUUUUGGCAAUGGUUUCCUGUUGUGCGCGUGUGCACGGGUGGGUGUGCGUGUCAGUCCUUUAAGUGUAUAUUAAAAAUA